AUGGACACCCACCCCUCCCAGUGGCAAGCAACGCUGCUAGACUAUGCCUUCUGGCGCGACGCAGAAGCUUACAACAAACCCAUGCACGACUCCAUCGAAGCCGAAGGAAAGAGACCUGUCCACCACAGACGCUUCCCCUUCACCCUCAGCCAGGAGCAACCCAACACCCAACUACAAACACUGACACAACCACAACCACAGCCACAGCCACAAAGAACUCCAGAUAGCCCCAUGCCCGACCCAAACGACACCGAAGCACACCGCCACCGCCGUUUCAGCAUGAGCGACGCCCUCCUCCUCAACCCCUUCCACAGCACUCACCUGAGUCGACGGCGCGCACGCUCAUCCAUCCGCUCCGAUGCCUCAGACCACACUACAUCCUCGCAGGAACCAGUGCGAGCAAGACCACGCUCCAGAUCGCGGUCCCGGUCUCUCCUCCGUCUCCCACUAACAAUCCUCCGCGGACUGAGCAACACCAGAAAACGGCCCGACCAACUCCCAAAUGACCAUGCCACGCCCGCAAACCCCAUCCUCGAGUUCCGCGGCGGUGACACCUGGGACCUCCUCGCGAGGGAUAGGAAGAGUCUAGGACUGGACUUGUUCUGGCCCAUUGAGUUCUCAACCCCAGGCUCUGGUCAUCCCACAAAAGCAACCCCAAUCCCAACUGAAGGGCCAGAACGACCCCAGUCCCAAGACCCUAGGGGGAAAGGCAACAACGACGACGAACGAGAACAAGAACAAGAAACCUUUCCCCUGACAUCCUUAACCCCCCUCCUGCAUUUCCGUCACCUGCGCGCCCUGAAACUAACCGGCAUGAUGAGCUCCUACCAGAAAUACAUCUGGCAAGCAGCAUGGCUGAACCCGCACCUGGAAGAACUGGAGCUCGGCAUGGCCCUCGCCCCAAGUCUACGCCGGAACUAUGUGACGAAAUGGCCGUGUAUCCGUGGUGGAUGGACACUUCGGAAGGAGAGUUUCGGUGGGUCGGUUUAUUACGGGACAGGAACAGGAACCCUCCACCCAGCCCUUGGAUUAGGCGAAUACCUCGACAAAAUGGUCAUCGAGAAAUCCAAAGUAGCAGGCAUGGGCAUGGGGAGAACGCGCACGCGGCUCUCGAUCCGCACGCUGGUGUUGAGCGGGUUCGUGGUCGAUGCGGAUCCGUUCCUGCAGUGGUUUGAUUGCGGGAAAUUGAAGUGCGUGCGGUUUAGAGAUGGGUGCGUGGAUGCUGGGCUUUGGCUGGGAGAGGAUAUGGGGAGUGUUACUGUUGUUUGGCCGGGGGAGAGUGGAGGGGAGGUUGGAAAGGGGGUUGCUGGGCGGGUGGUGGAGAAGGGGGAGAUUCGGAUGGUCAGGUUGCUCUGA